AAUUGCGGUUGUCUAAUUAUACCGAAUGUUAUUUUCCCCUUCACUGCCCUCAUGAUAUCGAUGAUGAACAAUAUCCUCACCGUCUUCAUCCUCCUCGGAUUUCAACCUGGGAUUUGCGAAAUAAGCAGCGGCAGGUGCCAGCCAUCGUCGUGCGGGAACAUCCCAAACAUAAGUAACCCCUUCCGGUUGAAAGGUGAUCCUCCCUACUGCGGUCACCUCAGCUACGAGCUCAGCUGUGACCGCGUUCACAAUCGCACGCUCUUGCACUUGAAGCCAAUUGGAGAAUUCUAUGUGCAGGAAAUCAAUUACAGCAGCUACUCCGUUCGGGUGGUGGAUCCCGGCGUCUUCAUCCCUACUACUACUACUACCCUCAUCCCCAACUGCUCUUCUUCUUCUUCUUUGCCCCUUCAUUCUCUUCCCAUCUAUAACCUCAGUUACGGGGAAAAAAUGCAGUACACUAUAAGACCUCAUGCGAGCGACUUCUAUUACGACGAAGACUAUGUCGAACGUGUAAAGCAGUACGAAGUUGUUACAGUGAUGGAGUGUGAAGCCCCGCCGGUAACUAACCUUACCAUUUACAAGUCUCCUGAUGAUGAUGCUGCUGCUGCUACGCAUGCUCCUGUGUGCAAUACUAAUCAUAAUGGCACCCCCGGUUCUUCUUAUGCCGUGUUUGGAGGCUUCAGACCGUCGGAUCUGGACCCCUCUUGCACUAUAGUAGUUCAGACAGUGGUUGCCUCUUACGGCCGAUCCAUCGACUCCACCUCCUUCUCCGGUAUCCACGCCGCCAUGGCUUACGGUUUUGAGCUCUUCUGGUUCUCCCUUUACUGCGACGACUGUCUGCGGGGAAGACGCGGCUAUUGCUACCUCUCCUCCACGAAUAGCCUCGCCUGCUCACACUAUUUUGAACCAGGUUUGCUCUUGAGUAAGAUUAAUUUACAUUUUCCGGCUGGAAAUUAAGAUCGGGUUUGCUCUAAUUUAAUUCCUUUUUUUUUUUUUUUUUAACAGGAAUUUGGCUAAUUGGAGUUUGGAUAACUAGAGCGAUAGGAGUAUAUUUUGGAAUAAGAACUUUUUGCGGAAUUUCAUGUAUGUUCGCAUUUUUUAUCUAUAAGUUUCGAAGAAGGCACUUAUCAAUGUAUGACAAUGUUGAAGAGUUCCUACAGAAUCAAAAUAACCUCAUGCCAAUACGGUACUCUUACUCAGAAAUCAAGAAGAUGACCAAUAAAUUUAAGGACAAACUAGGUGAAGGAGGUUAUGGCUCUGUAUAUAAAGGAAAACUCCGCAGUGGUUAUGAUGUAGCAAUAAAGAUGUUGGGUAAAUCCAAAGCUAAUGGGCAAGAAUUCAUCAAUGAAGUCGCUACCAUUGGAAGGAUUCAUCAUGUCAAUGUUGUCCGCCUCAUUGGUUUUUGUGCAGAACAAUCUAAGCGUGCUAUUGUAUACGAUUUUAUGCCCAAUGGGUCUCUUGAAAAGUACAUCUUUCCUCAAGAAGGAAAUAUCUCCCUGAGUAAUGACAAGAUGUAUGAGAUUUCUUUAGGCGUGGCUCGUGGGAUUGAAUAUCUACACCGAGGAUGUGCAAUGCAGAUUUUGCAUUUUGAUAUCAAACCCCACAAUAUCCUUCUUGAUGAGAAUCUCACUCCAAAAGUUUCAGACUUUGGGCUUGCGAAACUAUAUCCAACAGAUGAUAGUAUUGUAUCUCUUACGGCAGCAAGAGGUACAAUGGGAUACAUGGCACCAGAACUAUUCUACAAAAACAUUGGUGGCAUCUCAUAUAAGGCUGAUGUUUACAGUUUUGGAAUGUUGUUGAUGGAAAUGGCAGGUAGAAGGAAGAAUUUGAAUGCUUUUGAAGAGCAUGCAAGCCAAAUAUACUUCCCUUCUUGGGUAUAUGAUCAGUUUAGUAAAGGGAAGGACAUAGAAAUAAGAGAUGCCACAGAAGAGGAAAAGAAAAUCAUGAAGAAAAUGAUAAUUGUAGCUUUGUGGUGCAUACAGAUGAAGCCCAGUGAUCGUCCUUCAAUGCACAAAGCUGUGGAGAUGCUUGAAGGAACACUUGAAGCAUUGCAAAUGCCUCCCAAACCUUUCAUCUCUCCGCAAGAGAUGCAAAAUGAGGAUAAUGGAGUCAACACAAACCAUACAAAACUACAAGUUCCACCGAGUGGUUCUAUAGAUUCUAUAAGCUUAGAUAUUAUUGAAAAUGAUACAAGUGAAAAUUAAGGAGUCUAGUAUUGAACACUGUACAAGAUAUGUCAGUAAAAGCCAACCUUCUCAAUCUACAAAAGCAAUUAAUUCUCUCACUAUUUACUUGGACCAAGUGUCUUCAGUAUUUCUUGACCAUUGGAGACAAUGUUGCUAUAAUAAGGAAUGUAAAUAGCAAGCACUUUGUAUA